AUGAGAGCCGGGGGCUGCACGGUGCAGCAGGCGCUGGCGCCGGAGGCGGCGGUGGUGGUGAAGCAGGCAGUGAGCCUGGCGCGGCGCCGCGGGAACGCCCAGGUGACGCCGCUGCACGUGGCCAGCGCCAUGCUGCACCAGCAGGUGGCGGCGGCCACGGGGCCGUCGUCGGCGGGGCUGCUGCGCGCCGCGUGCCUGCAGUCGCACUCGCACCCGCUACAGUGCAAGGCGCUGGAGCUCUGCUUCAACGUCGCGCUCAACCGCCUGCCGGCCUCGGCCUCGCCGCUUCUCGGCGGGCACGGCCACGUCUACUACCCGCCGUCGCUCUCCAACGCGCUCGUCGCCGCCUUCAAGCGCGCGCAGGCGCACCAGCGCCGGGGGUCCGUCGACACGCAGCAGCAGCCUGUGCUCGCCGUCAAGAUCGAGCUGGAGCAGCUCGUCAUCUCCAUCCUCGAUGACCCCAGCGUCAGCCGUGUCAUGCGCGAGGCUGGCUUCUCCAGCACCCAGGUCAAGGCCAACGUCGAGCAGGCCAUCUCUUCCAUCGAAGCAAACAACUCUGCUGUUUCCACCAACACCAACACCGCCGCCGCCGCGCCCCAAAACCCUAACCCUAGCGCAGCUCCACCCGAAGAGACCAAGCCUGGUAAGCUGCUGCUACCCCUCGAUCAAGUGCGCGACGAGGACGUCGCCGUCAUCCUGGACUGCCUUGCCUCCCGGAGCAAGAAACGCGUCAUGGUCGUCGCCGAGUGCGCGGCCUCGGCCGAGGCGCCGACGCGGGCGGCGGUCGAGAAGAUCAAGCGCGGCGAGGCCCUGCGCGGCGCGCAAGUGGUCAGCCUCAGCGUGUCCAGGUUCCGCGAUCUGCCGAGGGGCGAGGCGGAGAGGCUUCUCGUGGAGCUCCGGUGCGCAGUGAAGGUCGGCGGCAGGGCCGGCGGCGUGGUGUUGGUCGUGGAGGACCUCGGGUGUGCGGCCGAGUUCUGGGCCGCGCGCGCCGAGUCCGGGAGGGCCAGGUGGCCGUCGAGUUGCUGCUACUACUGCGCCGUCGAGCACGUCGUCGCGGAGGUGCGCGCCCUGGCGUGCCGCGGCGGCGACGGCGUCUGGCUCAUUGGCUACGGGACGUACCAGAGCUACAUGAGGUGCAGAGCCGGGCAGCCCUCGCUGGAGAGUCUCUGGGGGCUCCAGACGCUCGCCGUCCCCGCUGGCAGCCUCUCCUUGAGCCUCAACUUCGUCGGCGACAGUGCAACUGCAAUGGCAAUCAAUCACCAGUCGAUCAGGAAGAUGGCCAAGUGCGACGACGACAGAAGUGGGAACGGAUCGGCGCCACGUUGCCUGUCGCUUUUGGACACCGGUGGUUCCGGCCACCUCACCGCCAUGUCCAGCUUCUGCGCCGACGACUGCUCCGCAUCCAAGUGCGACCACCCGGCGGUGAAGUCGAGUAUCCCUCCUUGGCUUCAGCAUUGCCGGGAUCAGGAUCCUUCCCGUUGUAAGAAAAGCUCGACAUGCGGUGGCUCGCCGUCUCAUCAUCACCGGACGGCCCUAAACUUCUCCACGGUGGUGUCGCCGUCCUCGUCGGUCUCGUCGUACGAGCAGCACUACCACCUGCACCAGCCGUAUCAGCCAUGGCUUGUCGUCGCUGACGCCCACGAGGCCAAUCACCCGUGUAGCAAGGCCAGGUGCACUGCCGUGCAGCUGCACGUCGACGAUGAGGACGUGAAGCUUCUAAGCGCGAUAAAGGUCAAGUCCCACGACUCGAGCGCGUCCAAUGGCUCGGUGGAGUGCCGCUCCCGGUUCAAGGAGCUCAGCGCCGAGAACCUUAAGGUCCUCUGCUCCGCGCUGGAGAAAGAGGUGCCGUGGCAGGCGGAGAUCGUGCCUGAGAUCGCGAGCACGGUCCUGCGGUGCCGUUCCGGCAUGGCGAGGAGGCGCGACGCCGCUGUUUCGAGUUCGAGACCGGCGUGCGCCAAGGAGGACACGUGGAUUCUUUUCCACGGUAGCGACGCCGAGGGCAAGGCGAGGGUGGCCAGGGAGCUGGCCCGCCUCGUCUUCGGCUCGCGCAAGAGCUUCGUAUCCAUCGGCGGCAGCGGCACCACCGCGCAGUCUCCGGCGCGGUCCGACGACUCUUCCGAGCAGCAGCGCAAGCGGCCCCGGUUGACGGAGGCGAUAGACUACGGUUGUCACGAGAGCCUCUACGAGGCCGUACGCGACAACCCGCACCGCGUCAUCCUGGUAGAGGACGUCGAGCAGGGUGGCUGGCGGUGCCAGAGGGACAUUUUGGAGGCCAUCCAAAGCGGCUUGGUCCGGAGCCAUGCCGGCGGCGACGAGGCAGCACUCGGCGACGCCAUCGUCGUUCUGAGCUGCCGGAGCUUUGACGCGUGGUCGACAACCUCCUCGCCACCAACGACCAAGAAAGCGAAGGCGAAGAGCGAGGAGGAGCCGAAAGAGGAAGAGAGCACAGGUGACCACCACGGCAAGGAAGCCGUAGCUGCCACGGCUGCGUCGCCGUCGUCUUCACCUUGCUUUGAUCUGAACAUGGACGUUGAGAACGAUGACUUGGAGAGUUGCUUCACUGAUGCUAGUCUUCUCAAGGCAGUGGAUCGGACGUUCUUCUUCAGACGACCUGAUGAGAGUAGUGAUUAG